UAUAGGAGGCCCGAGCCGUCACAACCAUUUAAUUAGCAUUAGCCAUGCCAGCGCUCCUCCGAGUUAUCUGCUAUGCGGCGCUGCUCGCCGCCGCUGUGUCCAGCGCGUCGCCUCCGCCACAGGCGGCGGGGCCGAACUGCCCUACCAAGUGCGGGGACGUAGACAUCCUUUACCCAUUCGGAAUCGGCCCCGGGUGCUCACUGCCGGGCUUCAAACUCACGUGCGACACGACGACGAACCCUCCGAGCCUGCUCACGGGCAACGUCAAGGUAGUAAACAUCACGCUGGAGACGGCGCAGAUGGUCGCCUACACCUUCCUGACCUACACCUGCAGCUUCCCGGUCAGCAAAAACGAAUCGAUCCGGACGACCAAGGACAUGGCGUUGAAACUCGAUUCCCCACUAGUGCUCUCGCCGGCGGACAACGUGUUCACGGCCGUCGGAUGCAGCUCCAUCGCCGUGCUCCAAGGCCGGGGACGGGGCCGUGGUCGGAGUCGGCGCUACAACCGCUCCGAGUACCUCACUGGCUGCAUCACGUCUUGCGGCAGUGUGAACGACACCGGGGAAGACGGCACGCCGUGCCGCGGACACGGCUGCUGCGAGGCGCCGCUAACGCCCGGUCUCAGCCAAGUUAGUUUGACCUGGAACAAAGGCUUCCGUCGGGUGACAGACAACUGGUGCCAAUACGCCUUCAUAGCCGCCAAAGGCUGGUACAAGUACAGCAAGAAAGAUCUCAUUGGAAAUAAGACUUUGGCCGACAGACUUGGACCAAGCAAUGUCAUCCCAGUUGUUCUUGACUGGGCAAUCAGGAAUGGGAGCUGCCCAUCGACACCGUCAGGUGGCGACAUGGAAAGUGUUCCCUAUGGCGCUUGCAUUAGCACCCACAGCAACUGUGUUAAUGCCAGCAGCGGUACAUUGGGUUAUUUCUGCAACUGUUCCCGAGGAUAUGCCGGAAACCCCUACAUUCUAAACGGAUGCACAAAUAUUAAUGAAUGUGAACGCAAGGAUCUAUUUCCUUGUAGUGGCGGUACAUGCCUCGAUGAAAUAGGUGAUUAUGAAUGUAGAUGCCACUUUGGACGAAGAGGUGACGGUAAGAGUCCCAAUGGAUGUGAAGCAAUAAUCUCAACGACUGCAGUAGCAGUGAUAGGUACAAUCAGUGCCAUGGCAUUAUUGGCGGUGCUAGUAAUAUUCUUACAUACGAAGCGUGAGAAAAGAAAGCUGAGAGAUCAUUUCAACAAGAACGGAGGGCAGUUAUUAAAAAGCAUCAAGAUCGAGAUUUUCACAAAGGAGAAGUUAGACCAUGUCACAGAGAACUACCGUUACAUAGUUGGCAAAGGUGCUUUCGGCGAGGUCUACAAGGGAACCAUCGGUGACAAUGCACGUGUUGCCGUAAAACGGUCCAUCGCCAUCAACGAGGACCGCCAGAAGGACUUUGCGAAUGAGAUCACGAUCCAGUCGAAGAUCAGCCACCGAAACCUGGUUCAGCUGUUGGGCUGCUGCCUGGAGACGAAGGUGCCCAUGCUAGUCUACGAGUUUGUCCCCCGUGGGAGCCUUUAUGAUGUGCUCCACCGCAAAAGGGACGCUCUCCCGCUGCAAACACGCCUCGACAUCGCCAUUAACUCCGCGGACGCACUCGCGUACAUGCACUCGCAGGCGAGCGAGAAUGUAGUCCUGCAUGGCGAUGUGAAGUCCGGCAACAUCCUUCUCGACGACGAGUUUGUGCCCAAGGUCUCGGACUUCGGGACGUCUCGGCUCAUGUCCAUCGACAAAGAUCACACCAACUGGGUGAUUGGGGAUAGCAGCUAUAUCGACCCAGUGUACAUGAAGACCGGACUUCUCACGGAGAAGAGCGACGUCUAUAGCUUUGGGAUCGUGCUCCUAGAGAUCAUCACACGGAAAAAGGCCAGGUAUGAUGGAAACAAUAGCCUUCCGAUAAACUAUGUCAAGGCUUCCAUGGAUUGGAAGACAAAGGAGAUGUAUGAUGCAGAGAUUGUUGCGUCCGGUUUGGAGGAGGACGUGAAGUGCCUUGAGGAAGUUGGUCUCGUUGCUAUUCAGUGUCUUGCGGAUGAAGUGAAUGAAAGGCCUACUAUGACUGAAGUCGGGGAGAAACUGAAAAUGUGCAAGUACCAGUGGUUGCAGAGCUAUGGGCAGGCCAGAGGGAUCUGUCCUUAGUAUGUAUCCUCAUGGUGGUCUGUUGACCAAGACACCAAGUUGCAUUCUAUUGUCUGUGUGACCCAUGGAACUAUUCUACCAAUGUUGCUACUGUAAUUUAGUAUUCAUGACUUCUCGAAUGUGAUGUUAAGGCUAUAUAUUGUGCUAUGUUGCUCCAGUCGGUUGUAAAUAUUUCUUGUCACUUAGGCUGAGUUUGAGAUUGAGGUGCAUUAUGAUAAUCUAGCUUUUUCAACAAA